AUCUUAGUUGAUCUUGAAGACCCAAUGGAUCUCCUUUUCCUGUUCGAAGCAGACACGAUUGAACUCCUCCUCGCAUUGGUUUCGAAUUGAAAGUAAUGGAGACAAGGACGCAAGGAGUGCCAAAGUAAGGACGAUCUAUUCAGAGAAAUGGGAGAUUGUCUUGGGUUUUUACUAGAUUUGUACAAGAAAUUUGGACCGGAAAUUAAGCUUUGCGUUCGGAUCUGAUAAUCAUCUCGUCUUCUUCCUUUUUCAAUUUGAUUUAAUUUCAAUUCGACUAAGAUGUUAGGUUUUGAAAUUGACUUCGGAGAUUGACGACGAUGAAUAAUGGUGAAUUCCCUUUGUGCCUAGAGUCACUCGCCUCUGAUCUCGGUCGUUGUUAGAUUUGGAAGCAUGGUGUUUUCCACAUUCAUUGUUCUCAUUGUUAGAUUGGUUCUUCAAAUGAUAUAGUGGCAGUGGAGUGAAGGGUAUUUUGUAAAGUCAACAUAAAUUUCAAUUUUUCUUAAUCUCUGUGCUUGGUCAAAUUGAGAAGUAUUUUAUGGACGAAUGGAGUAUCAUUUAUUGUGUGAGUUUGGCCUAAUGUAAUUAGCCCGAUGUAAUUAGGUCUUUCUUUAGUUGUAUUUAUACUCCAAGAUUAUCAAUGACAAGUCAGUUUGGUUUGCAUAAGUUUCUUCAUCGCAUCUGAGCUAACUUCCUGGAGAUAAGAAAACCCUAGAUAUAUUCUUUUCUAUGUUUUUGCUUCAUCUGAUAGUUAUCAAAUAAUGGUGUCACCACUGUGUUGUCGCCAAUCUAACUCGUCGGAGUGCUUUCCUUACUUUCACUCGAAGAAUGUAUGAGCCUCGCCAUGUCCACUGGUGAAAAUUCAAAGAAGGUGUGAGGCAGCGAAUCAAACUCAAACCCGCAAGGAACAUGAAAAAACCCACAAUUUAUUGUUAGGACUUGAUGUGAACCAUAAUUUACUGAAUAGGUGAAGGGCAAUCAACCACACGGCCACCUCUUUUUGAUGGAACAAAUUAUACAUAUUGGAAACAACGAAUGAGAAUCUAUAUUCGUUCCACGAACUUCCAAUUAUGGUUGGUUAUCAAAAACGGGGAAGAGGUGCCGAUGAAGAAAGUCGAGGACAAAUUGAUCCCCAAGACCGAAGAUGAAUUUGAUGCGGAGGACAUCAAAAAGGUCGAGAAUUAUGCAAAGGCAAUAAACAUGCUUUAUUGUGCCGUAAAUCCUAAUGACUACCGCAAAAUCUCUUGCUGCUCAACCGCCAAGGAGAUGUGGGAUAAACUUGAGGUGACGUACGAAGGAACGGACCAAGUACGUGAAGCCAAGAUCGACUUCCUCACCCAGGAGUGUGAGAUGUUUAGAAUGAAGGAGCACGAAAACAUCGACAACAUGUUCGACCGAUUCUCCAAGAUAGUCAACGAUCUUCAUGCUUUGAAGAAGACCUACACCGACAGGGAUCUUAGAAAAGGCAUAACAUUAAAAGCCACCAAAGAACCGACAAUGAAUGACUCAAGCGAUGAUGAUGAAGUCAAGCUUGUCAUGAAGAAGUUUUGCAAACUUCUAAGAAAUAAAGAAAAGGUUGAGGAUGGCCCUGUGUGCUAUGGAUGUAGUGAAGCCGGGAACAUCAAGAACAAAUGCCCGAGAAACGGAAGGAACACUCGCCACUUCAAAAAGCAAAGAGCAUACAUCUCUUGGGGUGGCGACUCCGGCGACGAGUCUACCGACCAAGACGAGGAUAAAACUGCCAACCUCUGUCUCAUGGCACACGAAGACCAAACCGACAAUGAACAAGAGGAUAUUGGCUUUCCCAGCGAUGUAUGGACUUACCCAUCGCUGGGGGUCAGGCCCAGUGCGCCUCUUCCGUGGGCCCGUCUAGGAACCUGCGGGAUCCAACAGGUAGGCAAGAGAACCAUGGAGCCUGACCCGGACGAUUGGGUGAUCGGGGCAGCAGAUGAACGACACCUGAGAGAGGAAUUGCCGGUUGCAGAUUCGCCGAUCGCAGUCGUCACUCGUCACUCGUCAGUCGUACUCUUGAGCCCACUGCCCAUCUUCGACUCGGCGACUCCCUCGCCUGAAAUACUCAAUCGCCGAGAGCCUGAGACGCCGACGCCCUCAAUCCCAAUUGAAUCAGAUUGGAUUCGUGCACAACUUCGCAAACCAAAACUUGAUAUGGAAGAGAAUUUAGAAGAAUUAGAAAAAAUGGAGAAAGAUUUGAAGAAUGCAAACAUUGAUGAUGAUUUGAUCUUUGUCACGGAAUGAAGAAAGUGAUUACAAUUUACAUGGCUAAUGGGUCCUAGUGCAAUUGAGAAAAAAGCUUGUUACAAAAG